UCCCCCAGUUCCAGUGAAGGCUCCAGUGCCAGUUCCGCCCGAGUUGCUUGCACUGGGCCUGUGUACAGAGUCAGCAAACACUGCUAUCUCAAAAGCCUCUCCCCGACUGGCUCCUGUGCUGUCUGCAGCCACCAUGCCACCGCACUCUGCUCCAUCUCCUGCCACGUCUGCUGCUGUCGCUCUACCCUGUCCUGUUCCAGCCGCAGCUGGUGCGCUACCUACCCCAGCUCCGUCUACCAUCCCACCACCACUCCAUAGGAAGGACCAAGACGUCAGCCAGUGGAACUGCUCCCAAAACCAGAAGAUGUGGAUGAAAACGGAGAUGGAAUCUUUGGGACUUUGGCCAGGAUCUCGACCUGUACGACAUCUGAUGGGUAUGAUCUCCUUGUGGCGUCAUCCACCCCAACCAGAACUCAUAGAUCCAGUCUAUGAUAUGCCAUCUCCCAAGUACUUCCAGCUACAUCCAUUUUUCAUUUGGAAACCGGAGCAUGCAAUUAUGGAGAGAGUGAGGAACAAUUACAUUUUACCCUGCCUCUACGGCUGCUCCACUCCCCAUGUGGUUUCGGCAGGAGUUGGGCGACCCCGGGUCAUUAUUGGGACCAGCGGCCAGUACUACAUCUUGGCCUCUCGGCUGAACUGCAAAACAUGCAAGAGGUACUGGUUCGCUGACAAACCCCAGUGGAUGGAAAUGCUGCCACAACUCUUCUGCAACAUCCUGCCAGCAUUUCUCACCCACAAAAAAGCCAUCUGCAAAACGGUAAUGGAUGAGCUAUGUCGCACAGGGAGGUCGGCCACAGACAUGGCAAAUCAGCUGAAUGAGGCUCUGCACCUACGGUACGAGAGGGCACACCUUGCCUAUCUGUUGACUGUACAGAAUGUGCAGGAUGGUGACUCCGGCCUGUAUGGGCAGAAGACCAUCACAGGCACCAUGCGGAAGGACAACACCCCUGAUCCCUUUGGUACAUACGACUUGACCAAUGGCUGGUGUGGGGUAGCCAUCAGUCCCCGCUACCUAGUAGACUGCCUCGUACAUGAGUACCACCGUAAGGAGAAGACCCUCACUCUUGUCCUGCAAGGCACUUUUGGGCAGGUCAUUCGAGCUGACCACACACGGAAGGUGGCCCGGAAGGUGGUGCUCUCAUCCGGAACCAUGUCCUCGUGA